ACGUGAUAUUAUGGCGAAUGAAUCCAACGAUACAAUCGAUAACACAAUUAAUAUCAAUAGCAAUGACAUCACAGCCGGUGGUCAUGAGAUCAGCGAUCAAUUGAUUGAGAAGUUGUUCCCAAAAUGUCGCCCAAAGACUAAGACUAUAAGCGAUUUGAAUGAGAACUACAAGAACUGCGACCGAAAUGAACACAUUUUAAUUGAUCUCGACUUAGAUCUCAUCAAUGAUAACAACACUAUGAAUGACACCAAACAGAGAGACAAGGAUUGCGUCCAAACUGACAAUAAUUGCAUCAAAAAUAGCUUAACAAACAUUGGCUUCAAAUUAGACCAACUCUUGCUGUCACCCGAAGAAGAGUACAAACCAUUGAAUUACAACUUCCAUAACAAACCAAUGAUCGACAGCAACGAUGACAUCGACUUCGAGGAAGCGAGUAGUGGUAAAGACAUGGCUCUCAGGGAGAGUCGUAUUGAGAUCGCCGGCGGAAGAGAGAUAUUCAGCGCCUCUAAGAAUAAGAUGAAUAAACGACGACUGGUUUCCCAUCACAACAAUAAUACCGCUAAUUGUGACGAAAAGGUGUCGCAAAAUGUGGCUAAAUGUAAGCGAAAUAAUACCACACAAACACUGGUCCCAAACAGUGAUAGCAAUCAAUUGGUCCAAAACAAUGACAUAUUCGUUGAAUCCUAUUGUAUGACCAAUCCAUUAGCCAAUCAACUACUCCAUCAACAGAUGAGUGAUGUCUCUGUGAUCACUGAUGGCAAAAGUGUUGAACACAAACACAAACUCUUGUCGGGUAUUGUUGUUUACGAAGACUUCACUUCUAAACCCGAUUCUGAGAUCAUUUACGAUGACAUCGAAGAGAUGGACAAAACAGAGCAUCAAUUGUCUGUUAAACCGAUUGACAAUGAAUUGCAAAACUCGGGCAAUACUUACAUGAAUUGUGUCAACGAAUCACUACUUAAUGGCGAUUCUGUUAAUAAAUGUGACCAAAAAAUUGAUAGCUUUGAGACCAGCGAUGACUGCGAAGACAAUGAAGAGGACAAAGAAAACAAUACAUUAAAAGACGACACAUCACUAGGAGGUGGGAACAGAGAGAUCGCCCGCAUUAUAGGCAAUGUGCCGAUCGCUCAAUACGACGGCUCUCCGCGAAGAUAUGGACCCAAACCUCCCGGUUAUCCCCAAAGAGUCAUAAAUAAUGAGGACAUGUCAGUAGGUUUGGCCAAUUGUAGCAUUGAAUCCAAAGGUUUGGUAGACAUAUCAUGUGAUGAAUUGGUCAAAUCGAUUCUUAGUAUUCCCACGCAAUACGAAGAGUCGCCGACCAAUAGCUGUACAAACGUAUCAAACGGUUCAAAGUCUCAUUCGUCAGGCAUUCAAAGCGCUGCCAUCAGUGAACACGAGUCCGAUAAGAAUGACGUUAUUAUGGAAACAUCUGAUAUGAAUGUUUACCAGUUUUCAGACUUGGAUUACAAACUCUAUAGAAUGGGAAGUGUAGGCAACGCUUAUGUGGGCAAACGGUUGGCUACACUUUCCUCUGCCAACUCAGAAGACGACAAUUCGGUAGCCGUGAGUCCGUCUAAGAGUGUCAACAAUGACACCAAUGACACCAAUUCAAUGAUAGCACACGAAAAUGAGUUGAUUUUAUUACACGAACGCGUCAGACAACACAUACUCAGCGAAAUGGUUUCAGUCGACAGAUCGUCAGUCAGUACGGGUGCCGACACCGAACCCGAGCCAGAAGUCAGUCAUAGGCCUCAGGAAAGUAAUCGCAAUUUCACACUUUCGCCCGACAUUACAGACUGUGACAGCAAUGAGAUCGAGAGUGAAUUGUCAUUAGAGGGCAGUUUGCUUUCCAACAGCAAAAUUGCUGUCAUGCCUGUCCUCGAAGACGGCCUCUCCAGUGGCGUCCCUUCAAGUGAUAACGAGUUGGACGAUGAGGUGAACUCCGAGUCGCCCACCAAUAUAUCCAACUCUAAGAAACAGAUCUGCGAACGACUCCAAGAGGAACUGGUCUCCAAACUCAAGGCUAAACUUAAACAUAACGAUAAUUUAUUAGAGCAUCAAAAUAAUUAUAAUCAUCAUUCAUCUAAUCUCCAUAAGAAUGCCAGUGCUUUAAAUCAUUCCGAGACUUAUAGGAAAGAAGCAAAUGAUACACAAAAUUAUUGUCACGAAUUAGAGAAUAAAUCAAUGAGUGAUGAAACGAGAGAUAAAGAAAUGAAUCGACAGAAUAACGAGACGAACGACAUUAAUAAUUCAAUUUGGAUCCCAAGGAGCAACGAAUUGAAUGGCAAUAAACCAGUGAAUGCCAACACCGAUGACUCGACCGUUUGUGAGCCAACCGUAUCGCGACAUCACGACGAAGACUGUGAUACAGACCAAGAAACCGAUCGAUUAUUAGGCGCUCAACGCACUGACGAUCGCGGCUUCUUUGAAGAUAAAAGCAAUUCAAACAAGCGGUCAAAUGCCACCCGAGAAGCCUUCAUUCACGACCCAUCAGUACUCAUUGAAGGCGUCCUAUUCCGGGCCCGAUAUCUGGGCUCAACUCAAUUGGUAUGUGAGGGACAGCCGACUAAAGCAACCCGAAUGAUGCAGGCGGAGGAAGCCGUCUCCAGAAUCAAGGCACCGGAAGGUGAGACUCAGCCGAGCACUGAUGUCGAUCUAUUCAUUUCAACUGAAAAGAUCAUGGUUCUCAACACCGAUCUUAAGGAGAUAAUGAUGGACCACUCAUUGCGGACCAUAUCAUACAUCGCAGACAUCGGCGACUUAUUGGUGCUAAUGGCCAGACGACGCAUAUUAAACCCUAUGGACGAGACGAGCGAAGCCAACAUUAAGCGAAUCCCGAAAAUGAUUUGCCAUAUAUUCGAGUCAGAAGAGGCGCAGUUCAUCGCUCAGUCCAUCGGACAGGCCUUUCAAGUGGCGUAUAUGGAGUUCCUUAAAGCCAAUGGCAUCGAAGACAGCAGUUUUGUUAAAGAAAUGGAUUACCAGGAAGUGCUUAACUCUCAACAAAUAUUUGGUAAUGAAUUGGAAAUGUUUGCCAAAAAGGAGAAACAAAAAGAAGUUAUUGUUCCCAAACAAAAAGGAGAGAUAUUAGGAGUUGUUGUGGUUGAGUCGGGCUGGGGAUCAAUGUUGCCCACAGUCGUGAUCGCAAAUAUGGCACAACAGGGACCCAGUGCUCGAUGCGGUCAACUCAAUAUUGGCGAUCAGAUUAUUGCUAUUAAUGGUGUUAGUCUUGUAGGACUCCCAUUGUCCACAUGUCAGACCUAUAUUAAGAAUACAAAAAACCAAACUGUAGUGAAGUUUACAGUCGUUCCCUGUCCUCCAGUGGUUGAAGUGAAGAUUAAAAGACCCGACACUAAGUAUCAGCUCGGGUUCAGUGUUCAGAACGGAGUGAUCUGUAGUCUAUUGCGCGGCGGUAUCGCAGAGAGGGGUGGCGUCCGCGUCGGUCAUCGCAUUAUUGAGAUUAACGGACAGAGUGUUAGUUUUUAUAGUUUGCUCAUUGAUUGCACGUCUUAUAGACUGUUGAUUGUUGAACAGGUGGUUGCGGUGCCUCACGACCGGAUCGUUAACUUAUUGGCCACUUCUGUUGGAGAGAUUCUGAUGAAAACAAUGCCCACAUCUAUGUUCAGACUAUUGACGGGACAGGAAAUGCCUACUUAUAUGUGAUGUGAAUGUAUUGGAGCGACGAAUGGAUUCGUCGCUUUCCUCAAGUGAUUUUUGUUUGUCAUUUGGUUUCGACUUAAGACCCGACAAUUUGUGCCUUUUUUGGUAUAACGAUUGCAUUGUGUUUGCGAUUAUGAGUUCUAUUGCUUAAUGGCUUCUAAUCUAUUCAUUAAUACAUAAUUAUAUACAUAAUAUAACAUGUAUUUAACAUAUAAUCAAUUUUUAUAUGUUUUAAGUUAUCACUGAUUCCUGAUGUUUGCGAAAACGAUUUAAUUUUAAUCAUAUUUAAGCCAUUAAUUACACGAAAGGGAGUGAAUGAGUGAAUACAAAAUACGAUAUGUUUACAGUGAACGGACAGUGAAUUCUGUAGUAAUGUAUAGAAAUCAUAUCAGAUGUGAACCAAUUGAGUGAAUCAAUCGAUUCCCAAAUAUUUCCCAAAAACCAAAGAAUGCUUUCAUUUAUCGAUAAUAAUUAUUACUUAAAUAUUAGCAUAAAUUCCUUAAUAUAUGUUCACUUACGUUGAUAUUUAUAAUUAGUCACAAACCACAGUCAUAACCCCUGAGCCCUACCCUCCCAUUAUUUGUGCAAUUAUUAUGUGUUAAGUGUUUAGUGCAUUGGUUUUCAUAAGUCUGACCCCAAAUCAAGUCUCA